GUAUGGUCUGGGAACUUAAUUCAAAUAUUUGAUCCACAGAAUUCACACGGAAGCGCAAAAAGAAACUUGUACGAACGAACAAACAAUGACGAUGAUGUGACGGAGGCCUUUGACCAUAACUCACAUGAUUUAUCUACCCUAUGA